AUGGUAAAUGUCCACUGUCUCUUCAGCACCGACAGUCGCAAUGGAUUCGACCGGUGCCUUCGUCAUCUCGUGGGACGCCCCUGUAUAGAUUCUUCAUUUAUGCAAACGACAGAUGGGCGCAAUCUCGAAAGCAACAAGGGUACCAACUGCGAAAAAAUAGCAGAAACGUCGUCUAUUUCAUACUCCUUUCUACGAGCGUCAUCGUUCGAUCGAGCCAGCGAGAGCGGUGUCUACUCCAACAAUAGAGCUGGUACUAAAUUUCAAAAACAGUGGUUUCUGCCAUCGCUUUCGUACGACUGGAAUUUAGGACCGAAUAUAUUAUGUCGCGUACGACGAGAAGAACUAGCAAGAGGUGGUCAACCUUCAGUUCGAUUAAUGGCACAAGCCUUUGAAGCGAAUGAUAACUGUGUUACGGAAAAGCAAGGAUUUUUCGGAGUGAGAAAAUCUCGCUCAGUUGAAUCAGCUCGGCAUAUAAAUGACGGAAAGACUGACGCAUAUGUUCCAUGUUCACUUAAACAUAGCAGUAGUCAAGUGAAAGCCGAUGAGGAAUCGCUGUAUGCGACACUGCCACGUGGUAUGCGUGCCUUUUUUAUUACCAUCAGUGAUUUGACGUUGUUUCUCAAUUUAGGUGGAAGAAACCCGUUUAAAAACAUGGGAUCUAAACUUGUCGAGAGGGAAAAAAAGUCGUCAUCAUUAAAGAAGACAAAGAAACGAUCAGCAGAAGCCAGAGCUCGAAAAACACUGGGACAUGACUGA